AUCGGAACAUACUCCGUCACUGCGGGCUGCGAAUAAUUUGAAACUGGAGCUCUUUUGCCAAGACAUGUCCAUUGCGAAGAGAUCGUGGAAGUCUCCAUCGAUCCGCUGUACUGGGACACCUUGCUGACCGCGUCAAUCGAGAACGAGAGCUCCCACUAUGGUCGGUUCCCUGACACACCCGCCCGAAAGUGAGUGCUUCGUGAAGAGUAUCGAAACUGACUCUUCAGAAGAUGCCUGGAAGGACGAAAGCGAGAGGAGCGAAGACGACGAAGGAUCCCUAAUUACGAGGCGAGUGAAAUUCCUGGAUAAAGAGAUGUCUCCAAAAACCGAGGACUUCGUGAGGUUCAGGAAAAGUUCUCCAGCAUCGAAAUCCGAUGGCAACAACCCAGAGCAAACUUCAACGCGACAUGUAGUGCUCUCGAAACUCCAAUUUCUACCGUACCUCGGCUUGACGACGGGCUUCGUGUCCAUCAUCGUACCUUAUUUACUAGCAGUACAAAGAGGAGAUGUACCUGCAUGGUUACCGUAUAUUUCUGACGCCGGAGGCGACCCACCGCAAGGAGCGCUCUUCUCACUAGGAAUGUGCCUCAUCGCUGUGAUGUUUGUCAUCGGCAUCUACCUGUGUUAUCUCAUCGUCGAAGCUCAGAAUCAUAAAGACUGCAAAUUUGUGUCGUGGUCGGGCAGAUUUCUCGUCUCGGCUGGCUUUCUGAUGGCGGUGGGUCUCUUCGGCGUCGCCACAAACCCUACCGGACAUCUCCGACGGGACGGAAAUUGGGCGUUACCAAUUCUAGUUCCUCAUCUCAUCGGGGCCGCUAUAUUCUUUGGGUCCGGAAUCUCGAUGAUGGCGUUGCUCACCUUCUCAACAUAUCUAGUUCAAAGACCGAACUGGGUCAACCGUGUCUUCAUCUCUCGAUCGAUAUUGAUGGCCGGUGCGCUCCUCGGUGGCAUGUUAGUUCUCGUUGGUCUCCCUCCGAUUUCGUCUCUCGAUAUGAUGAAACCGUCCCCGAACCACGGAAGAAUAUACCCUCCAGGAACAGCCGUCAGCGCCUUCGGGGAAUGGAUGAUCGUCGUGAUCUUUAUGUUCUUCGUCGCCACCUUCAUCCCGGACUUUUCAAGAGCUAAAGUCACUCUCGUAGUCGAUUACAACUAGACCAUUACGAAUCUCAUUUCCCCAAUGCUCACAAAUCAAGAACCACCUACUCGACGCUGUCAAGGCCAAGUAUCUUACUUUAUUGAGUGACCGCCCGUACAUUCUAU